GUUUUUGCUGAUUGUCUUCCCUCUGUGGUAUCGCAUCAGAUGGACCAUCAAGACCUCUCUGCUGGUCUGCGUCAUGGUCUGGAUCCUGGCCCUUGUGCCUUUCCUGCUUCUCGUUUUCUCUCCUGAUUUUGAGGUCACCUUUCCCAUCGUGGGCACUGUUUUCCUCCUCCCCUGCCCACUGCUCAUCUUCUUCCUGGGUGGGACCCUCAGAGCUCUGUCUGCCUCCGUCUCGGUCCCGGCUGAUGAAAAACGGCGUGUUGUAGGCAUGUUGGUGCUGGUGCUGCUUAUUUACACUCUGCUGUUCCUGCCGGUGGCCAUUUUUUUCCUGGUACCUGAACACAGUAUUGACAGAGGUCUCUGCAUCAUGAUUGAAAUCUCUUUACACAUGAGUCCUUUUGCAAACUUGGUUCUGUAUAUUAUCAUGAGGAAAGGGGUCGUAGACAAGCUUCUGGCCUCUGUGUGUUGUUGCAAAGUGGCCAACAAUGAUGUCAACGGUCCAGCAGUUUAA